CAGAAUAAAAAAACUGUCAUGGAGUAAAAAAUUGUAAUCAACAAUUAGAUUUCUAAAAAAAAAAUUAUUUAUAUUUUAUUUAAAAUAAACUUUUUAUUAUUAGUUAUUUUAUUUAGUGUACAUAUAUUUGGUUUUUCGUAAUAAUUUAUUUAAAUAAAUAAAUAUGGAUGCGAAACCUAAAAAUGAACAUCUUUUAGCUUUAAAAGUUAUGAGAUUAACGAGACCAACAAUGGCAACACCUGUCAUAGUAACAUGUGAUUCAACAGAUUUACCUGGAAAUACAUUAAAUAAUGAAUUAAAAAACGAUUGUACUGCAUUGCAAGGUAUGGAGAGUCUUGCUGUUGGACAAUUUAUGGUAUUACCUCAAAGUUUUGGCAAUAUUUAUUUAGGAGAAAUAUUUUCUUGUUAUUUGUGUGUACAUAAUGGUAGCAGUCUAGUCGUUAAACAUAUUAACGUGAAGGCGGAUUUACAAACGAGUACGCAAACAAUCCAGUUGUCGAAUAAAAAUGUAAAUAUUGAUGAGUUACCGCCUGAUAAUACCAUUGAUGAAGUAAUUCACCAUGAAGUAAAAGAAAUAGGAACUCAUAUAUUAGUUUGCGAAGUAAAUUAUAUUUCGUCGGCCAUAGGAUCAGUAGCUCAGUCAUUUAGAAAAUUUUUUAAAUUUCAAGUUGUCAAGCCCCUGGAUGUUAAAACAAAAUUUUUUAACACCGAGUGUGAUGAAGUUUACGUAGAAGCACAAAUUCAAAAUUUGACAGCAGGCCCAAUAUGUUUAGAAAAAGUAUCCCUGGAGUCAUCACAUUUAUUUACGGUCUCGGCGCUUAAUACAAAUGAAAAAGGAGGUUCAGUUUAUGGUAAAGUAAAUCUACUAGACCCGAACUGCUGUCGGCAGUAUCUCUAUUACUUGAAACCGCAGCCAAGUUUGAUGAAAGAUCCAAAAUUGAUACAUAAUGCCACUAAUAUCGGUAAGCUUGAUAUUAUUUGGAGAAGCAACAUGGGGGAGAGAGGCCGAUUGCAAACUAGUCAGCUAACAAGAUUGGCUUCUGAUCACGGGGAUUUAAAAGUCACUACAAAAGAUAUUCCUAUCACUGUGCUACUAGAAAAUCUGAUAGAUUUUAAAUGUCAUAUUGUAAAUACAUCAGAACGAAACAUGGAUUUAUUAUUGAGUCUAGAGUCAAAUAGCUCGUUAGCUUGGUGUGGAAUAUCCGAUAUUACGAUAGGAAAUUUAAAAUCAGGAGCUUUUAUUGAUGUUCCUUUACGUUUGAUACCAUUAGAAAGUGGUCUAAUUACCAUAUCAGGAUUAAAACUGAUGGAUACUUUCUUGAAGAGAGUUUAUGACUACGAACAUCUUGCACAAAUAUUUGUCUCACAAGUGGAUUAAAAAAAAUAUUUAUAGUAGAUACAUAAAAAAUAUAUUUUUUAUAUUGUCUACUUUAAAUUUAGAGUACAGCUGAAUUAUAUUUAAAAUAA